AUGACAGACACAUCAGCCCGCGCCAAAUCAUCAGGCGCAGCAGAAAGCAAAGAUGAAGAGCAGAUAGCUCUCGCCAGAACCCUACACCAAGUACCCUGGUGCGAACAAUACGAGCGCAUGAUUUCGGGCAUGCUAUACGACUCCUUCGUCCCCGAACUACUCAACGCGCGCUUCAAAGCCCGCGCCUGGUGCAACCGGUAUAACACCUACUUUCCCCCACCGGAAGCAGUCGAACUACAAUCCCACGAAGCCCUCGCGCAGCUACGCAUGACCUGGCUCCGCGAUCUCAUAGGCUCCAUAAAGGGUGACGAGAUCCUCAUCGAGCCCCCCUUUACCGUGGAUUAUGGCUGCAACAUCUCCCUCGGCGAAAGGUUCUACGCAAACUUCGGUCUGACGAUCCUCGAUUGCGGAAUAGUGGUCAUCGGGGAUAGGGUAAUGUUCGGGCCGAAUGUGUCGAUAUAUGCCGCCACACACGAGACGGAUGUGCAGAGUCGGAGGGAUAAUAUUGAGUAUGCAAAGCCAGUUGUGAUUGGGGAUGAUUGUUGGAUUGGAGGGCAUGUAAUCAUACUCCCUGGCGUGAGGAUUGGGAAGGGGUGUACGAUUGCGGCGGCGGCGGUGGUGAGUCGUGAUAUUCCUGAUUGGAGUGUGGCUAUGGGGCAGCCUGCGAAGGUGGUGAAGACUGUGAAGCCGGUGGAUUGA